GUGUCAGGUAGCAAAAAUGAGCAGGAGGGAGUGGAGGAAGUACAGAGGACAAAGGACAACAAUAAUAAAUGCAACAGAGCUAUGAACGAAUACAUAAAUACAAGAAGAGAAUUGGAAAGAAAUUACGAGAACGAUAUUGCUAUCAUAGCAAAAAGACACCCAAAAUUACUACAUAGUUACCUAAGAAGGAAAAUUACAGUGAACGACCAAGUAACAAGACUAUGGAACACGGGAGGAGCAUGUACAGAAAGCGAUAAGGAAAUGUGUGAGAUACUCUCCAUGCCAGUUUCCACGGAGAGUCCACAACGGAGCCUGAGCAGCUCCCAUUGCGACGACUUCGACGACGACUUCGACGACGACUUGGACGACUGGGACGACGACUGGGACGACGACUGGGACGACGACUGGGACGACGACUUGGACGACGACUGCGACGACGACUUGGUCGACGACUGGGACGACGACUGGGACGACGACUUGGACGACUGGGACGACGACUUGGACGACGACUGGGACGACGACUGGGACGACGACUUGGACGACGACUGGGACAACGACUUGGCCAUCCAAGUCGGCCAUACAUAG